AUGGAUUUCCAAGCCAAGAGAACCAGAGGAGGUGGAAAUGGAAAAGGAAGACGAGCUGAAAAGCAUAGCAGUCCUCACCAACCAUGCUUACCGAAUUCCAGCAAUGGGACUGGUGGCUCCAAGCAAAUGCAUGCACCAAAAAGCAAUGAUCAUGGAUCUCCAGCCAGGGAAUUGCCUGUGACAAAUGAUGGCCUCCAGAUUCCUUCUCAGCAAUUAGGCCUGAAAAAAAAUUACAGUCGUGAUGGCGUAGUUUCUUUGUCGAAUGAUGGAUCAGCUUCAUCUCAACAGUCUGAGAAGGUGGGCCAAGGCCAAGGCAAUACAUUUCUUCAUACUAAUGGACAUGACCAUGCACCACUGCAAGCUCCAAAUGCACCAACAUUUCCAAAUACUGAGUCUUCAGCAUUAGAACUGAAAAAUCCAUUGGAACCAUCGCAUUUGCCACUGCCUCAACAAUCAGUUGGGCAACCAUUACCAAAAGAAGAAGGAAGGGUGCCAAUGCGAAGGCCUGACUAUGGUGGAUCAUCAGGCAUUUGCUCUAUUGAACUCCUUGCCAAUCAUUUCCUUGUUAAGUACAAUGAGAAAGGAGUCAUCUUGCACUAUAUCAUGGAUAUCCAGCGGGAAAAGCCAACCAGCACUUAUGAAACUGUCAAGAUCUCAAAGCCAGGCUUGCUAACCAUCAAGAACAAGCUAUUUAAGACCGAACCGGAAAAAUUUCCACCAUCAAUGAUUGCCUAUGAUGGUGAGAGGAAUCUCUACAGUGCGAUUCAACUGCCUGUAGGGGAAUUCAGAGUAGAGGUACAUCGCCAAACAUAUAUCAUUGCCAUAGGAUUCAACAAGCAAUUGGAACUUGGCCGCCUUCGUGACCAGCCUAUCCCAAUAGAGGUCUUGCAGGGCUUAAAUGUGAUUGUUCGAGAGGCCUCAAUAUCACAAAGGAUCGCCUGGGGCAGGAGCUUAUUCUCCAAGACCAUCAAUCAUGCCUUUGACCUUGGCAGGGGUAUCACAGCUCUGGAGGGUUCGAAACAAACACUCAAAUGCACUGAGCAGGGCCUGGUGCUCCGUCUGGAGCACUCAGUCAUGCCUUUCCUCAAGCCUGUACCAGUGCUCCAAUUCCUUGAGAAGAACUUGGGGAUCUCAUUCAAUGAAAACAUGCAGCUAAACAUGCAUCAGAAGUUGGAAGUGGAGAGGGCAUUGUGGGGAUUACAGGUCAUAGUGACUCAUCGGAGGAAGCAAAAGUUCACAGUCUUUGGAUUGACUGGUUUGACUGCGAAAAAUAUUGCAUUCAAGGAUGAUCGAUCUGGAAAGAAGGUAAGACUUGUGGAAUACUACAGGGUUAAGCACAAUGUUAAGAUUAGAUUUCAGGGUCUUCCUUGCCUGGAUCUGAGCAAAAACCAGAUGAACUAUGUGCCCAUGGAGUUCUGUGAAUUGGCUGAAGGGCAAAAGUAUCAGAAGGAUGGCUUGCGGAGGGAGGAAGAGAAGAGAUUGAGGUAUAUGGCUUUAGCUUCUCCUAACAAAAGGAAAGAAAUGAUCCUUAGAAUGAUUGCUGCAGCAGAUGGGCCUUGCAGGUAUUGUCCCAAACCACCUUUUCUGCAGUCUUCUUUACCUACCUGUUUAGAGUUCUCGGACAACAGAUUCAUGUCAAAGUCAUCUGUAGGCACAAUCUUAACUAGCAGCACUUGCAUAUCUUACUCUAAUCUCACCACUCUUUUGCUUCAUGACAGUGGAGAGCUUGCAAAGAACUUUGAUAUAUCGGUCGCCAAAGACAUGACGCAGGUUAUAGGUCGAGUUCUCCAGCAUCCUGAUCUGAGACUCAGAAACUCCAAAGGCCAAAGCAGAAAAUAUAGAAUUCCGAAGGAAGACUGCCAAUGGAAUCUGCUCAAGAACAAGCUAUUGAAAGGCCAGAAGCUGGAUCAUUGGGCAAUUAUCGACUUCAGUGCAACACCAUCCCACCCAAAGCAAGAGAGACUCCACACCAGUACAUUCAUCCAUGACCUAGUCAGGCGGUGCCGUGAUCUAGGAAUCCAAAUCCAAGAGAGACCACUUUUUGUACAGAAUUCCAGCAUGGCCGCGCUCUCCAACUAUGAGUGGCUCUUUGAAGAGCUAUGCAGAGCAAAACAGUCACCUGAGGGCUACCAAGUCCAGCUUCUCAUUUGUACCAUGGCAGACCGCCACACUGGAUACAGAAGCCUCAAGCUUAUAUGUGAGACAGAGCUUGGGAUCAUGACACAAUGCUGCCUGACCAUCCAUAUCAACAAUAACCAAAAGAGGGACCACUAUUUCACCAACCUUGCACUUAAGAUCAAUGCCAAGCUUGGUGGAACCAAUGUUGAGCUCUUUGAUGUUCUCCCUCGAAUGAACAAUUGCCCAUUCAUGUUCAUUGGUGCAGAUGUGAACCACCCUGCGAGCUGGAACACCAACAGCCCAUCAAUCUCAGCAGUUGUUGCUACGCUUGAUUACUCACAAGCAAGCAGAUAUGCCGCAAGUGUCCGUGCACAGUCACACCGAAAAGAGAGGAUCAUGCACUUGGGUGAUAUGUGUAAGGAGCUCACUGAGAUGUAUGCUCGAUUAAAUGGGGUGAAACCAGAGAAGAUUAUUUAUUUCCGAGAUGGUGUCAGUGAUGGACAAUUCAACAUGGUCCUUAAUGAGGAGCUUCCACAUCUCAAAGCAGCAAUUGAAUCAGACCAUUAUUCACCAACCAUCACAGUUGUGGUUGCUCAGAAGCGCCACCACACCCGUUUGUUUCCAAAAGAUAAUGAAAAGCCAUGGAACACCACCACUGGUAAUGUUCCGCCAGGAACCGUAGUGGACACAGGCAUUGUUGAUCAAUCUACUUUCAAUUUCUACCUAUGCAGCCAUUAUGGGAGCCGUGGGACAAGCAAGCCAACACACUACUAUGUGCUGCAUGACGAUCAUGGGUUCACAUCUGAUGAGCUGCAGAGACUUAUCUACAAUCUUUGCUUCACCUUUGCUAGGAGCACCAAGCCAGUUUCCCUGGUCCCCCCAGUCUACUAUGCAGACCUCAUGGCAUAUCGAGGGCGGCUCUACUAUGAAGGGCUGUCAAAUCUCAGAUCACCUGCAUCAACAAUAUCAUCUACUUCACCAGUGUCAUCACCAUUUUCAUCUUUGUCAUCAGUACCAGCUUCUUUUGACCAUGUCAUCCUCCCCAAGCUGCACAGAAAUGUAGAAGACAAGAUGGUUUUCUUGUAA